CGGUGGGCGUGGCCUCCUGACGCUCGCUCGCGGUCUCCUCGGGCCGCCGCCUCCGUUUAGUGACUGGUGCGGCGCCCGCCCGGUAUUAACCGUUAGGCGGAGGGAGCCGGUGCGGUGCUGUGUCCCGUCCGUUGUUUCCUUCCGCGGAGGCGCGCGCGCGUGCUCGCUUCGGGCUGGCCCUUGUUCCUCUCUUUUCGUCCUCACCUGUCUCGGGCCGGGGUCGCCAUGGAAGCGCAGAAAGAAGCUCUGCAGAGGAUUAUUUCCACCCUGGCACACAAAAACGAUGAAAUCCAAAACUUCAUUGAAACUGUAAAUCACACAUUGAAAGGUGUUCAGGCUAAUGCUUCCAGUGUAAUUGGUGAGCUGGAUGAGGAAUUUGAUGGCUUAUAUUCAAUACUGGAUGAGAUGAAGGAAAGCAUGACUACUAGUAUCAAACAAGCAGAAGCUCAUAAAACUCAGGAACUACAGAAUCAACUUAGUCAAUGUAGUAAAUCCCUGGAGAACUCGGAAGAAUUGCUUGAAUUUGCUACACGGUCGCUGGACAUAAAGGACCCAGAGGAAUUUUCAAAGGCUGCCAGACAGAUCAAAGAUAGAGUUACAAUGGCUCCAGCAUUCCGUCUCUCUUUGAGACCCAAAGUGAGUGACAACAUGACACACUUGAUGGUGGACUUCUCUCAGGAAAGGCAAAUGCUCCAAGCUCUAAAGUUCUUGCCAGUUCCCAGAGCUCCUGAGAUAGUUCUCGCAGACUGUCUUGUAGCUGACAACGCUGUAACAAUAUCAUGGCAAAUGCCAGAAGAAGACAACAAAAUUGAUCACUAUGUACUAGAAUACAGAAAAACCAAUUUUGACGGACUUCCUCGAGUGAAAGAUGAGAGGUGCUGGGAAACUGUAGACUACAUUAAGGGCACUGAAUACACAUUAUCAGGUCUGAGGUUCGAUUCAAAGUACAUGAACUUCCGUGUUAGAGCUUGCAACAAGGCUGUGGCGGGAGACUGUUCUGACCCAGUGACUUUAGAAACCAAAGCUCUUGUUUUCAAUCUGGAUGGUUCCUCUUCUCAUAUUAACUUGAAAGUUGAAGAUUCCUACGUUGAAUGGGAUUCUACAGGUGGCAAAGGCCAAGAGAACAAAAUAAAAGGAAAAGAGAACAAGGGCAGUGGCCAGAUUACCCUCCUGAAGAACAAUACAAGAAGUGGAACACCCUCUCCAAAACGGUCGUCGGUCAGCUCACGCUCUCCGUUGAUAAGAGGCAGCAGAGAUCGGUUUACUGGAGAAUCGUAUACAGUGCUGGGUGACACUGCUAUUGAAAGUGGACAGCACUACUGGGAAGUAAAAGCCCAGAAAGACUGUAAAUCCUAUAGUGUGGGAGUGGCAUAUAAAAAUUUGGGGAAAUUUGAUCAGCUGGGCAAAACUAAUACAAGCUGGUGCAUUCACAUCAAUAACUGGCUUCAGGUUACCUUUGCAGCCAAGCACAAUAAUAAAGCAAAGGUACUAGAUGCUGUGGUUCCAGACAGGAUAGGAGUCUACUGUGACUUUGACGGAGGUCAGCUUUCAUUCUAUAAUGUAAGUUCAAAGCAACUGUUGUAUACCUUCAAAACAAAAUUCACCCAACCACUAUUACCAGGCUUCAUGGUCUGGUGUGGGGGUCUCACAGUGACAACAGGACUGCAGGUGCCAACGGCAGUGAAAACACUACAGAAGAGUGAAAACGGACUGAGUGGUUCAGCUAGUAGUCUAACCAAUGUUGCCCAAUGAUAUUUCUGCUAUAGGUUAACUAAUGUUUUGCUGUAGGCAAAAUUAAGAAGAGCUUGCAAGCAAUGGAUUUAUAUGUUCCUGCUGCUUAUAAAGCCUGAACACUAAUUUGUGCAGAACAGUUAGGGCUGAAUAGAGUAUUGGCAGGAAUGUACUAUGAAUGUGCAAAGUAAUAGGAAGUAGACUGAUCUUUUCUUUUAAAGAGGGGUAUUGAGGUUGUGGCUACAAGUCUGUGAUUCUUUCUAUUUGACUGAACUUGAUUACUUGUCUUGUGGCUGCUACAUCCUUCAAUAUGAUAUGAUGACAAGUAUGAUCUUAGUCUAAAACCCUCAUCACUUUCCUUCUCUUGUGAAUUUCUAACUUUUGCCCCUUUGACCUUGAGAAAUAGUAGAUAAAACUAGAGAUUCUACACGGAAGCUUUAAAAAUGAGAAUCUUUUCAAGCCGAUUUGAAUCUACAGAAUCUGACACAAUGGAAAAAGGUGCAAGAUACUAAGUUCUGAUUGCUGUCCUUCUAUUUAAAGAUUGUAUGGCACCAGGCAUCAUGGCUUACUUUAACAAGGGUUAUCUAGUCUGUGCAGGUAAUGGAUUCUAAACUUAUUUUAAGUGCUGUGUCCACAAGCCAUGCAGAAUACUCUGUGGAAUGGGAUAUCCCCUGAUUAUGAAAAGUUGUAGUAUUGCUGACCAGUUUAGCAUAGGAAAAUCUGAAGUCUUGCUACUUUUCCUUUAUAAGAUCUCUAGGGUAUUCUGUAAUUAGUGGGUGAAGUAACUUCUGUAUCCUGUCUCCCCAGUGGGGAUAGAAGCCCCUCUAGUGUUCCUGAAUAGACAGACAUCGUGAUGAAUCUUAAGAUUGUACCUUUGUUUGCAUAAACUUUUACUCUGAAUGCACUGGCAUUUCUUUAAGGUAUGUCCUGAAAAUUGUGCCUAAUUGAAUUGGAGUCCAUAAUUCGAAUUUUGGUGCAUAAAUCUUUACUUUAAAACUUAAUGUGUUACAUAUUGACUUAUAAGCCUGUGAUCUUGGCUAGAUAAAAAGUGGAUUGUAAGUGGACUUAAUGACUCCUCCCUUCCUUCCAUAGGGUCAGAAAAGAUUAUUAAGGCCAUGCACUGAAACUCAUGUGCUUCCAACUUCCCUGCCAUUUUAGCUUGGCUCCUAGUUACUUCUUCAUCAGUAUGUAGGAGUGACUUAUGUAGGACUGACUUUUUAAAAUGCAUUUUUUCAGUGGAUUUGUUGGAUUACUUGACAAUUUUACAAACAUGUACCAAGGAAACUGCUUCUGUAACUCUGAUCUGUUUUUACAAAAUUAAGACAGUGGCCUUUCAUAGAAAAGUUACAUUGCAAUUUGGAAGUCAUCUAAAAAAGAGUUCAGCAGAAUCUCCUGUAUGGACUUAAUUUUUUUUAAAGAUUUUCCUCUUGCAAAAGAUUUCUGUGGCAGCAUAUACGACUAAAUUUUCUCAUGUCAACAUAAUUCAAGCUGUUUUCUCCUUUCAAGGCCAAGUUUAAAUAUAGAUUCUAAGAAGGAACCAAAAAACACGACUCUAUACUGUUAGCGAUGCCACUCUAUUUGUGGCACAACCUCUUUGCACUCUUGGGAGAAAAUGAGGAUGUUUUGAGUGACUGAUUCUCUUUAUGCUCGUUGAAUUAAAUGCCCCUACUAUUUGGAAGAGAAGCAGUAGUACUUCUAAAACGUCUUAUUGAUAUGCUGAAUAUUGUAAAUAAGCUCCUAAUUAAUCUGUAUCCAGAUAUUCCUAAAACUGGAAUGAUGUUUAUAUAUAAAGCACUAGCUUUGUUUUGCCCUUCAGUACUAUAAACAGUUAACAUGUGCACUACUGAUAACAACACUGCUGCGUAAGGAGAGUCCGCAAGCUACUGAGUAGUUUUCCAAGCCGACUAGACAUCAUGCUCCUGGAAUGAUUACGUAUGCUUCCAAUUAUUCAGACUUUUCUGUGGCUUUUUCCACAAUUCACCUGAUUUGCAACUGUUACCCCAAAUGCACACUUAGUGUUGAUAUGGAAAUAUAAAAUCAGAAGUAGAGAGAUGGGUUUGUUAUCAUUAUAGGAAGGAUAAUUACUGUGAACUAGUCUGGGGCCCAGGUGCUUAGUUCUCUUGCUGCUUAACAGGGUAGUCCCAUAUCAGAGGAAAUGCCUUAAGCACUUUAGAUUUUUUUUCCUUAUACCUUUGAGCUAACAAUCCUCCAUCUGUUAGUUCUGUGUCAAGCAUGCAGAUAUUUAGUGCAAUUGAGCAACAUGAUAACUCAGUUGGAAUGCUGUUUGUUGGCUCUUCAGAUGGAGGCAUGUUUAUGUAGUCAAAAAAUCUGUAGUGUUUUCCCAGUGUGUACAUAAUUUUGUUGGCUUGCCUACUGUAAAAUUUAAAGUAUUUUUGUAUUUGAAGCUAAUGCAGACUUCUGUUUGUAUAUUUGCAGGGGAGGGGGAACUAAACCUGUGUAAGGGAAUCAUGGAAUUUUCACUCGAUGUAACACAAUUAUGUAACUUAGAAAACUUGGUUCCCUUUUAUGGAAUACAGUAGCAAACUGAAUAUUCAGUUAUGCUUAAAUGCAAAAUGUCACGUGACCUUUCUGGAAGUUGCAGAAGGAGCACAUUUGAAAGAGCAGCUGAAAACCAAGGCAUUCAAAGAAUACAAUGAAAGGGAUCUCAAGGCUGGUCUAUUUUAAUAUUGGCAGAGGCUAAAAAUCCAGACUUCUCAAGCAUUCUGUUAUCUGUAGGUUGCAGAAAUGUCCCUUAAACAUUGACUUAUCUUCUCUGUGUUCUGUCUACUAGUACAUGUUUCUGUUUGGGAGGUAUAAAAUAGCCACUGCCUGUCUCUUGUCAAACCUAUAAUCUGGUUAACAUUUGGCACUAAUUAUGAUACCUGGUGUGGUGUUUCAGCAGAGCUGCUUGGUGUGAUGGUCAUGCUUAUCUGAUAUAAUUUCACUCUUUUUCUUUGGCGUCAAAAUGAAGGGUACUGAAAUCUUACUGACUUAAAUAUAAAAGAUAAACUUCUGUUCCUAAGUACUGUACAAUGGGCAUUUUCUGCAUCUCUCCAUCAUAAGCCAGCUCUUCAGUUUUCACCACUAGGAAAGCUCUGUUUAUUUAGUUCUCAGCACCAGCAAGCAUUUGUGCUUGCGCCUUUUAAAGCAGACAGCUCCAUAUCAUUCCUCUACCCGUGGCAUAGAUGUUGAGAGGCUAGAAUGCAUCUUGAACAAGGAAACUGCACAUUGACAGUACCUCAGGUAUUCAAUAACCAGUUGUUCUUCACUCUUGUUGAUUUAUCCUAAAACAACAGUCCUACCUGCCAUAGACACAUUGUACCACUGGGGUGCCUUAGAGCCCAUGGAGUGUUUUUAUUUGCUGUGUCUCUAACUCAACAUGUCUCUCAGAGGUUUUGUACUAAAUAAACAUUUGAAAAACUA